AUGACAGACGUAUCUCAGUAUAUCCGCGCGCCUGAGAAGCCGACAGAUGAGCGUAUCAUUGACCUUCAGGGAGGAUAUUUCCUUGGUGAGCAGAGGAACUUAGAAGACUGGGCCCAAAGAAGCGAUUUUCCCACCGUCGUUCGCGUCAAGCCUCUCAAGGCCAACAGUGCAGGCAACAUUUUGUUCGCAGACUACCAGCCUCAUGACCCCAAUGUGUUCAGUUUCCACGAUCCCUUGAACGAUAUACCUGCCGGUACGGAGAUCGGUUAUUCGGUGAUUGGGUGGCACGCAGGCAUAAGCGAAGAUCCAUGUAUGGAUAAAGCUCCUGACAUAAUCAAUGGGAAGCUCCUCGCGCAACUGAACAUGGUGUUGGAAAAGACCAAGAUGGACCAAGCUGGUGUGACGAGAUGGACAACAUCUCAGGAUCCCUCGACAUAUCUGUCAUGGAAGCACGUACAGUUUGUUGAAAUGGGACCCCAAUCCAAAAACCAUCGAUGCCAGUCGCAUCAGGAUCUCCAGAAGCUGCAAAACAUCGCGGUGUCUGGUACUCAUCAUGCAGAUAUAGAUAAACAGACUGCCGCUGAAGAGUCCUCGAGAGUCCUCCGAGAAUUCAAGCAAGUCGAGGGUGGAAGUCAGUAG